GAAAUUAUAUAAUUUAUUAUUUUAUUAAAACUAAAAUGAAUAAUAAUUAAAAUACGGAAAUUGAAAACAGUUAUUGUACAAAUUUAAUUAAUUUGAUAACAUAUCCAAGUAUAAAAGAAAUAUUGAAAAUAUCAGAAAAGCAAUUGAAUGGAACAAGAUUUUUUUCUUAAAAUUCAAACACCAAUUAAAUACAUACAUAGCUAUACUGUUAUUAUAAAAAUAUCAAAGAAACGUUUCAUUAAUAUUACAAUAUAACAAUAUUUAAAUGAAUGUGUAAAAAAAUUUGUGUUCAAGAUGAAGAUGUCAAAAUUAUCAAAUCAAACAAAUUCACAGGAUCCGCAAGCAGUUAAUUCACGUGUAUUUGUUGGAAAUUUAAAUACAUUUCAGUGUUCAAAAGCUGAUGUUGAAAGAAUGUUUCAACGUUAUGGUAGGCUAGUUGGAAUUUCAAUGCACAAAGGAUAUGCAUUUGUACAAUUUACAAAUCCAUUUGAUGCCAGAAAUGCUUGCCACGGUGAAGAUGGAAGGACGAUACUUAGCCAAGUAUUAGAUGUAAAUAUGGUCGCGGAACCCAAACCACAUCAAAUUGGACGAAAACGGCAGAAUGUUACAAAAACAGGAAAUGACUGGGAUUAUUAUUACGAUAGUUAUUGUACAUCAUCAUUACUACAAGGUAAUUCACCACGUCCUUUGAAACGUCAGCGUUUAAUGUCACAUCCCACACGUAAUGGAUCAAAAUUAAAUUUAUCAUCCGUCCAUCAUCAACAACAACAACAACAGCAGCAGCAACAGCAUCAACAACAUGCAGCUGUUGUAGCAGCUGCAUUUGCAGCACAAGCUGCAGCAGUACAACAAGCUAAUUUAUUACCACAACAAUUAGUUUUAAAUCAACAUGGUCAAGCUAAUCAUUUAGUUACAGCGAAUGGUACAACAGUUAAUGGAUUAGUUGCAGCAGCUGCAGCUGUAUCAGCUGCACAACAAUGUAAUAAUACAACAAAUGCAGCCUUAGUAUCACAACCAUCUAUAAAUAAUUUUGCAAAAAAUUUUCUUCAUAAUUCUACAAAUUCAAAUAAUAAACAUCAUCUUCAUCAUCAUCAGCAACAACAACAACAACAACAACGAAAAUUAACAGAACAAUUACAAAUUACAACAGAUAAUCUGUCAAAUAUUAUUAACUGUGAUCAACAAAUUACAACAAAUGGUAUUACACAAAAUUGUCUUAUUCAAAAUGGUUCAAAUGGACAUUGCAGUCCACAAGAAUUAAUAUUUCAACAGAAAAAUCAGCAGCAGCAGCAGCAUCAACAACAACAGCAGCAUCAUCAACAACAGCAACAACAAUUACAAAUUCAACCUCAAUCAAUAGCAGAGAAUCAAAUUCAACAACAAGAACAACAACAAUAUUUAGCGCCUUUUAAAGUUUAUAGUAAUCCCGAUACAUUAAUAUGCGGUAAUUGUAGAGAAUGUUUUACUGAUUUAGCAGAAUUAUUAGAUCAUAAGAGAAGUUAUUGUAAAUUACGUUUUACAUGUAAAUGUCAAGACAACUCAAUAACAAAUUCAAUAUCAAAAAAUCCAUUACCAACAACAAAAUUAUUAUGUGCCGUAUGUAAAGAUGCCUUUAUAAAUCCAUGGGAUUUAAUGGUACAUGCCCAAGCUGCCCAUAUGGUUAAUAUAUAUGAAUUAGGUAAUGAAGAAAAUAAUAAUGGUAUUACAUCAAAUAUAACAACAACAACAUCAACAAUAAAUUUAGAUAAUAAAAUUGGUACCAUGAAUAACAGUAAUAAUAACACUAUUGCAACAUUAAAUAAUAUGUCAACCAGCAUUCAUACUAUUUACAACAACAAUAACACCAACAAUAACAGCAGUAAUAAUAAUAAUAAUGAUUCGAGCACUUUAAAUGUACAAAAUCAACAAAAACAACAACAAAAUAUAAAUGCCGGUCAGCCUCAAAAUAAUAAUAAUAAUAAUAUUAGUAGAUCUAAUCAUAUAUUAGUUAAUGGACAUAGUAAUGAAAAUUUAAAUCGAAUUUGUAAUGGUGAAUCAGUAGAAAAUUCGACAAUAUUAAAUGUUCAAAAUCAAUUGAAUAAUCGAUUAAAUGUUCAAAGUCCAAUCGGUUUUAUGAUAAAAGAGGAUAAUCAUAGUCAUCAUUCAGAUGAUAUAUCAUUAGAUAGUAAAACAUCUUCAGUGUCAACAGUUCAUCAAUUAGAAGAUAUGAAAUUGAAUGGUUCAAUUUCAUCACGUGAUAGUUCACCAAUUAUGGAAUCAAAAAGGCCAAGAAAUAAUGGUAUU